AUGAGUACAAAACAGAAGAAGAAUCUACCAAAAGGUGCUAAAAAGAAUUUAGGUGCUAAAGGCAACGAGGAGAAAAGCUUGACAAAGGUUGAUAGAAAGUUUUAUGAGCUGCAGAUAGCGAACAUUAAUAGGAAUUUGGCGACAGCUAAACGCCGCUUAGCUUAUUUAGAGAUACGAAAUGAGGAGCUUGAGAAAUCUGUUGAUAAAGAGGAGCAGGACGAAUUAUUCGCCCAAUUGCAGAAUGACAUGGAGGCACGCACUAAAGAGGUACUGUCACUGGAAGGGUUUAUUAAUGAAAUGCUUAAAGAUCAUAAGAGAAAGGAAGAGGAAUAUGUAGCCCACAUAGUAGACUUGGAGCGAAAGUACAAAGCAAUGCAAAAUCAAUUAAAAUCCGAUAUUAAAUUGUUAUCGGGAAAAUUGGCGACGCUCGAGGAGUUUCAAUUAGAAAGAGAUCGUAUUCUGGUAUUAUUUGAGAAUCAGAAUUUGGAAUUGAAAGCGAUGGAAGAGGAAAAGAAAAUCCACGAAACUGAGAUGGAGGAGAAGCUAAUUGUAGAAAGAGAAGAAAUGCGUAAAGAAGUUUCCGCGGAGAUAAGUAAAUUAGUUGAAGAUUUUAUGCGUUCAACUGAAAUACGCAAUGCCGGCUACGUGAGGCGGAUUAUGCGCGAAAAUGUUGCACUGCAACAAGAGCUAAAAGCUCUGUUCAAAACAUAUUACGAGAUGAAGGAGCUGAUGGGAGAUGCCGAGCAACGAGAAUAUCAUCUACGUACGGAAAAUCAAACCUUUAAGGAUCUAAAAGAGCAAUUGCUUCGUAAUGCGAACAAUAAGCAUAAAAUCAUUGAAAAUUUAGUCUCCAACUAUGAAAAACUGAAAUCGAAGUAUAUUGAAAUGUCAAAGUAUCGUAAGCUUUAUCAGGAUUUAACGAGACGAUCUGAUUGCGAUAACAAAAUGAAAAUGAAGACCGAGGCAAGGUUGAAAGUGCUUAAGCAACGCAUCGAACUUGUUGAAAGGGAGAGAAACAAACUGAUGAGUAGUAAUCAGAGGCUAGAGAUUGACGUUCAACAUCUUCGUGGGACGAUCAACAAGGCAAAGUCCGCUAUUUUAAGUUAUGCCGACUCGACGGAUUACCUCAAGCAAACCUAUAGAAAAGUAAGCGUAGAUACCUUUGACACGGAACAAUACCUCGAAUCGGAGCGUCAGGGUUUAUUAAAAAGCCUUCAAGAAAUCUUAUGCGCGCACGUGCAACAGAACGAAGAUAUCCGGACGCCCUCGAUUGAAACAUUAGAACGUUCAAAAAGUUCUAUUUAUCGAAUCGGCGACGCUGGAUUCGUCCCACUAACCCAGCCGUCUUUAAUGGAGUUAUUCAAAGAAACUCGCCCAUCACAAGACCCUCUAACUACUGCCGCAGAUCGAAGAGUUUCGCAGUUAGAGCAUGGCUUGUGUAUACCAAGGGAACGUCAAAUUGAAAACGCGUACUUAAUCGAUGUUGAGAUUGGCUCCGAUUUCUUUGCAUCUUCGUCGGGACCCGAAAUGGUAGACGAAGUUGAGGAAGUAGCUGAAGAAGAAGAAGGGGGAGAAAGUUCAAGUGGAGAUGAAGUUCCUACUCUUCCGUUGAGACGCGUAACAGAGAAAGGGGAGAGCAAGCAAUUAAUAGUUGAAAAGACAAGUUCGAUCGUUUAUUCGUCCCCAAGUGCUGAAGAAGUCAUAUCACGUUAUUCUGUUUUAACUUCGGAUUUCUUGGAAACAAUCGAAGAAAUUCAAAUUGAGGAAGGCAUGUAG